AAAGAAAAAAAAGGAGAAUUAUAAAAUAAUUUUUACAUCGUUAAAAAAUUGAAAAGAAAAUUCAGAUUUUCGUGAAAUUUAUAAAAUUAUUUUUAAUAAGAAAUUACCGAUUUUUUUCUAUAAUAAAUUUAAUGAAUUCACCUCAAUCACCUUAGUAAUUUUUUUACCCUACAUUUUAUUUCUCUUUGAAUACGUAGAGAGAAAGGAAAAGGAGUUUUUUUGUUUGCUUUUUAAUCUUAAAAUAUUUAAAUUUAAAAUAUUAAAUUUAAAGUUUUAAUAUUUGAAUCAAUAAAAAAUAAAAUAUAAAACAUAAUUUUGAAAAAACAAGAAAAGAAACAAAUAAGGUAAUCUUUCAACUGCCAGGAUUUACAUAUUUUUUUUAUAUUGGAGUAAAAAAAAAAACCGGACGAACUUAAGUGUGAAAUGUCGUCAGAUACUGCUGCAAAAAAUUUUUCGAGCCUUGAAACUCCUGGCUACGUUGGUUUUGCUAAUUUACCAAACCAGGUUCAUAGAAAAUCAGUAAAAAAAGGUUUUGAAUUUACAUUAAUGGUGGUUGGUGAAUCUGGAUUAGGAAAAUCAACAUUGGUGAACAGUUUAUUUUUGACAGAUUUAUAUCCAGAAAGAGUUAUACCUGGAGCUAUUGAAAAACAAAAGCAAACAGUGAAAUUAGAAGCAUCAACAGUUGAAAUUGAAGAACGUGGUGUUAAAUUACGUUUAACUGUUGUAGAUACACCAGGUUUUGGUGAUGCAAUAAAUAAUUCAGAUUAUUCUGCGAUAUUAGAAUAUAUUGAUGAGCAAUAUGAAAGGUUCCUAAGAGACGAAAGCGGUUUGAAUCGACGUAAUAUUGUUGAUAAUCGUAUUCAUUGCUGUUUUUAUUUUAUAUCACCAUUUGGUCACGGAUUAAAACCAUUAGAUAUUGAAUUUAUGAAAAAAUUACAUUCAAAAGUUAAUAUUGUGCCUGUGAUUGCAAAAGCUGAUUGUUUAACUAAAAAAGAGAUUCAACGUUUAAAAACUAGAAUUUUACAAGAAAUUGAAGAAAAUCAUAUAAAAAUUUAUCCAUUACCAGAUUGUGACAGUGAUGAAGAUGAAGAUUAUAAGGAACAAGUAAAACAAUUAAAAGAGGCAGUUCCAUUUGCUGUAUGCGGUGCCAAUACAUUAUUAGAAGUUAAGGGUAAAAAAGUUCGUGGUCGUUUAUACCCAUGGGGUGUUGUUGAAGUUGAAAAUCCAGAACAUUGUGAUUUCAUUAAAUUGAGAACAAUGUUAAUUACACAUAUGCAAGAUUUGCAAGAAGUUACACAAGAAGUUCAUUAUGAAAAUUAUCGUUCUGAACGUUUGGCAAAAGGUAUUAAAAAUGGUAUUAAAAAAGAAGCAACUGAUAAUAUUGUACCAAUAGUUACAUCUGAUAAAGAUAGAAUAUUACAAGAAAAAGAAGCAGAAUUAAGAAGAAUGCAAGAAAUGUUAGCGCAAAUGCAAGCAAAAAUGCAAGCGCAACAAUAAAUAUUUACUGAACCCAUCCAAAAAUAUAGAAUUAAUCAUAAAUUUCAUAUUAUAUUUUGAAAUUAAAGUUACAGUUCAUAUUAAAAAACAAAACAAUGAAAAAAAA